AACCUCCCGGACCGCUCUGCGCCUGCGCAGACGCAAUUGUCCGCGGGGAGCCGGCGGCGCAUGCGCAGGCUCGAGGCUCUCCGUUGAGAGGGUGCCGUGGCGGCGCCGGAGAUGUAAAAUUAAAUGAACCAAAUGUUCUUUAUCACCAUGGAGAUACUGAAGAAUCACCUGAGCAACAAGUUCAUAUGUAUUCUAUCCCAGAGGCAUCUAUUGGACAAUAAAACCUCUCAAAUGUGAACUUUAACAGAGGGAAGCUUUAAAGAUGCUGUUUAACACAGGCGCAAUUUGAAGAAAGACAUUUUAAAUCAUUAUGGAGGGAAAAACAGUACUUUUUAUUCAAUUUUUCAAACUCUCCAGGUAUCUCAGUGAGAAUUAAAGAGGAACCCUAAUGAAGCUGGGAUUCCGAAUGAGGCCCAGCUAGGCUCAUUCUUGGACCCCCAGAUUGACCCUCACUCCUCUGAAAACAAGCUUGGAAGCCUUAACACUGGCCAGAUGAUGGAUGAGUCAGAUGAUGACUUUAAGGAACUCUGUGCCAGUUUUUUACAAAGGGUGAAAAAGAAUGGCACCAAGGAAGUGUCAGGGGAAAGGAAGACAAAAAAGUCCUCAAACAUCACUCAGCUAACAAGCAAACCAACUGCUACCAAGAGCAAAACCCUUCAAGGCCCCAGGGAGAGGAAAACUCGAUCUGGCAGCCAAGCCACAAGGACAAAAAAGCAAGGGGUACCCAAGUGGCAGGAGAGUGAACCAGCCCCCUCUGAAAAUGGAGAGGGAAGUGUGCUUGCUUCUGCUGUGCUCUGGAAGAGUGCAUGGAGCACCCAGACAGGUAACCCAGCUGGAAACAUUGCCAAAACUUCCACAGAGAAAACCAGAGAUGCUGCUCCUAACGGUGACUCCCAGCCUCCUCCCUGUCUGACUGCUACAGUGCCAAGUCCCUCCAAACCCCGGGCGGCGGAGAUGGUCCUACAGCGAAUGCAGCAGUUCAAGAGAGCAGAUCCCGCGCGUUUGAAACAUGCUUCAGAAGGGUGCUCCCUCCAGCCUGCACUUGAGGAAAACGUUCCAAAGGACCCUCGAGGGGCGAUAAUGGUGGGGAAUGGGUCUGGGCCCUGGCUUCCUGCCACAGAAAGCGACACUGCAGUGGCGUUGGCCCUGCAGCAGGAGUUGGGGCAGGAAGGAGCCACCGCACCUGGCGACAGUCUGGAGGAGAAGGGGUUGUUCUUCUGCCAGAUCUGUCAAAAGAACCUCUCUGCUAUGAACGUGACCCGAAGGGAGCAGCAUGUGAACCGGUGUUUGGAUGAGGCUGAAAAGGCACUGAGACCUUGUGCACCUCAGGUCCCUGAAUGCCCAAUUUGUGGCAAGCCAUUUCUCACCUCAAAGGGCAGAAUCAGUCACUUGAAACAGUGUGCAGUGAAGAUGGAGGUUGACACCCAGCUCCUGCUCCAGGCCGUGCGGCUGCAAACAGCUCAGCCUGAGGGGACCUGCAGCACACUAGCACAGACAUCGAGCUUCAGCAAUCACGUUGGAGGUCUGAAGCGGAAGGGAGCCCCCAACAAGAAGGAACCACAGAAGAGGCAGAAGGUCAAUGAGCCUGAGGUGCUGUCUGAGGACCUGCUGGUGGCCAUGGCUCUAUCGCGGUCCGAGAUGGAGCAGAAGGUUGCACCUGCAAUGCUCCCGCUGGGAACUGCUUUUCCUGAGAGGACAAAACUGUCAGCAGAGAAGAAGAGUCGAAAGAAGAAAGUACCCCUUACCCCACCGCAGUUGUUAGUCCAGGACUCGGAGACCACAGGAAGACAGAUUGAGGAUCGAGUGGCCCAGCUCUUUGCAGAGGAAGAAGUAGAAUUGUCCAGCACGCCACCACUUCCUGCGAGCAGACUUUUAAAGGAAGAGCUGGAAAAGGCCAGCAGGAGUCUACAACCACCUGAAGGGAAGCGGAACUUUCUGUGGAGGGGCAGCGCCCUGACCAGAGCCUGGGCUCUGGAGUCCUUCUAUCCGGCAAGCCUGGUGCCUCCCAUGGUGCCCCAGCCGUCCACCAAGGAGCCCACGCUGCCACCAGUGUUGUCUAAACAGCCACAGCUGGGCGUGCGCAUGCCACCUGCCCUCCACAGUGCCAGUCCCAGGAAUCUGUCACCCUCCGCCAGCCAAAGGGAGUACCAGGCUCUGCAGGACCUCAUGGACUUGGCAAGAGAGGGGCUGAGUGCCAGCCCAUUGCCCUGCAGCGGGGGUUCUGCUGACUCAAGGGGGACCACAGGGAUGGAUCCAUUGCCCGGUGGCCUUCCACUGACUGGGUUUGUCCUGCCACCCGAGGAGCAGCGCCUGGAAAUGGGCAGCCAGGCUUCGCUCUCUGUCGGUUUGCUGGUUGCUGACUUCAGUGCCAUGGUAAAUAACCCACACCUGAGUGAUGUCCAGUUUCAGAUGGACAACGGGGAAGUGCUGUAUGCCCACAAGUUCGUGCUUUAUGCCCGAUGCCCACUUCUCAUUCAGUAUGUAAACAGUGAAGGAUUCUUCGCUGUAGAAGAUGGCGACCUAAGAACCCAGCGUGUCCUGCUGAGUGAUGUGAGCACGGAGGCUGCCCGCGCGUUCCUGCAUUAUCUCUACACUGCAGACACUGGCCUGCCUCCCCAGCUGACCCCUGACCUCAGUUCUCUGGCCUGCAGGUUCGGUGUGAGUGAGCUUGUUCACCUGUGCAAACAAGCAUCUGUCGUGAUGGAUUCAGAGGGCAGCCAGGAGGAGAAGGAAGAUGAGGAUUGUGAAAGCAGAGCGGAGAAUUUCCAAGAACUCUUGAGGUCAAUGUGGGUGGGUGAAGAGGAGGAAGCAGAAGCCUUGUUGAAAUCCGAGAGCCUUGAAGAAGAUAGAGAAAAGGUCAAUGAAGCAGAAAUGGAAGAAAUUUAUGAAUUUGCUGCUACUCAGAGAAAGCUCCUCCAGGGGGAAAGAGCUCCAGAGAUCAAAGAAGAAACUAACCAGUUUGGGGAGGACAGUCCAGGUUCUAGGCGAAUCCUAGCAAGCGUCCAGGUUAAAGAACAGUCAGAAAAUACAGAACAGAUGGAACCGUCUGGGCAGGGAAGAGAUGAGUGCAUCGCCAAAAGAAAAAAUGAGAGACAGUCCAUGUUCCUGCCACUCGAGGGCCAGUGUUCAGAUGGAGAGGAGGAAGCAGAGGCCCCAAAGGCAGCCCUGGAUCACACCAGCUCCUCUCGCCCCUCUCAGGGCCACUGGGUAGAGGAAAGGGAAGGACGCUUCAUGCACUCAGUUGAUGAUGAUGAUGAACAGCCCUUUUCAUCAACUCCAGGAGGGUACCCUGAACCAUCCCAAAUAACAAGUGAUCACAAGAGAGGCAAUGGCACUAUCAAACAAAGGCGGGGACAGAGCUCUCAUCGCUCUACUCGCCGGCAGGCACCUCCAUCACAGCCAUGCUUCUUCCCAUCGCAGCCCCUUCCGGGCAGGAGUCCACGCCAACCACACCCUCACCCUCAUCGCAAAAAUGACAUGUCCCCACCGACGCCCCAAUCUCAGGGCAGAGCUUCCAGGGUGGCCUCCCAGGACACACCAUCGAAGCAGAAGAGGGGCCGGAGCCUCCUCACGCUGUUUAACCAUCCAGACUGCCAGAAAGGCGAAGAACGUGGUUCUGUGUUGGAAUGCAGAAAUAAAGGGGCCCUGACCUCACCAGAAAAGUCUCCAUCCAUUGACCUAACUCAGGCAAAACCUGGCCAGCAGACCUCCAUAUCUCAGCAUUCUCCCUCCAGCGUGAACAGAGAAGAUGAGGUUAUCCUUUUACUGGAUUCAGAUGAGGAGUUAGAGCUAGAACAAACCAAAAAGUCAGUUUUUAAUGGUUCCCUGGAAGAAGGGAAAGUUUUAGAAGUUUGCCCCAAGUUCUCUGACCUGUUCUCCGUCAUUGAUGUUGAUGCAGAUCAGGAACCUUCCCAAAGCCCACCAAAGAGAGAGGCCCCAGUGCAGCAGGAGGAGGGGCGGCCGUCAAGGAACCUGGGCUAUGUGGGUGGCAGAGGGUCCCCCCCACUGUUCUGUAACCGCGAGAGCAGCCCGGACGAGGACAGCACCACAGAAACCUCGUGGCUGGUACCUGCCACCCCACUCGGCAGCAGAAGCCGAGAACACUCAUCACAGACCCAAAUCAUGGGUCUCGGGUCCAGGACUUCAGCAUAUGAAAUGGCUCAGCUCCAGCCCAGGGCCCCAUUAGAAAACAGGGAUGGACCCAAAGCCUCUAGUAAGUUUUCAGCAAUUGUGCACCAGACAUCGUCAUCCUGCCCGGUCCCUGUCAAUCACAGAAGCCCUUCCAGCCCCAGCCCCAGGCGCCACAAGCACUUUUCUGUGCUGGCUCCCUGUCCAGCCUCAGGAGGCCUCACUGAUUUCAGUGGGCAGUUCCAGAAGCGCUCGCUGCCCAGGCCGAGCCUGCCAAAUCAGGCCGCAGUGAGCGAAGUGGUGGAGGUGGAGGACAGUGACGAUGAGCAGGAGGUAGCCUCCCAUCAGGCGAGCAGCAGCCCCCUGUUGGACAGCGGUCCCCCCAUUCCAACUGACGACUGCUGUUGGCAUGUCGAGCCCCUCUCGCCAAUUCCGAUUGAUAAUUUGAACCUUGAGCGGACUGGCCCCCUGAGCACCAGUAGCCCAGGCAGCAGGGCCAGGGAAGCCCCGGACAGUGGUGACUGCCACUCCCCAGCACUCCUGAGUACCACCCCCAUCCGAGGAAGCUGCACUGGCCAAAGGAAGUCUCAAGAGAAAUCCCCUCAGGCCAGCUCCCCUGGGAGCAACAGGCUGAGCUUCUUGAAUUCAGCUCUCUGGGACGAUUGGGAUGGAGAAGAACAGAAGUCUCCAGAGGCCCUUUCUCUGACCCAGACACCGCGUGCUGAUCGAGCUCAGAAAUCAGAAGGGUUAGAAAAGCCAAGUGCUAAUCGGAGGAAGAACUUGCCCCCAAAAGUGCCCAUAACGCCAAUGCCACGGUAUUCCAUCAUGGAGACCCCAGUACUAAAGAAGGAACUGGACAGGUUUGGGGUACGCCCUCUGCCCAAACGCCAGAUGGUCCUAAAACUGAAGGAAAUAUUCCAGUACACUCACCAAACGCUGGAGUCAGACUCCGAGGACGAGAGCCAAUCCUCACAGGCACCCCUAGAGGCUCCUCGCAGCCAGACCCAUGCCACCAAGACCUCCAAAGCUUCAAGGGCAGCUGGCCAUGCCAGGCUGCAGGCCACAUCUGACCCUAUUUCCCGAAGGCCCAAGGGACCAGCUAAGACCAAGGGUCCCCGACAUCGGAAGCAGCCUGGUGGAAGUAUCCCCGGCAUGUCACCAGCCAAAGAGGUGCCUCUAGGCCCUGAUGGUGACGCCCAGCUCCCGGCCUCCCAGGAAUCCACAGCCACCUCCGUGGACAGCAGUGACAGCUCAUUCAGCUCACAGAGUUCUUCCUGUGAGUUUGGAGCAGCCUUUGAGUCUGCAGGAGAAGAGGAGGAGGGUGAGGAGGGGGUCAGUGCUUCACAGGCGGCUGUCCAGGCAGUGGCCACGGAAGAGGCAGUGAGGCGCUACAUCCGCUCCACACCAGCACUCUACCGCAAGGUCCUGCUGUACCAGCCCUUUGAGCUGGCGGAGCUGCAGGCGGAGCUGAAGCAGCAGGGCAUCCGCAUGGCCACGAGGAAGCUGCUGGAUUUCCUGGACGCCCACUGUAUCACCUUCACCACCGCUACGGCCCGGAAGGAAAAGUUCGAGAGGAAGAGGCGGCAGCCCCCGGGCAAGAAAAAAAGAGGCAGAACUGACGGUCCUGUCCGCCGCUCCCCACCCAUGCCCGUCAGCAGCCUGUGAGGGACUGCGGCCCCUUCAGCCAGCCAGGCCUCCACAAACAGUUCUGGGCCUUGGGACCAUAUCUGAUCCCUCUGUGAAAAUGAUGACCAACGUGGAUCAGCUUCCUUUCCACUCGUUUCCUGGGGUGGUAUUCGGAGCGUGUCACCCACUGGAUUUAGGGCCCCUGGCCUCCUCCCUCUAUCAGUGCCCACUAUUUAUCUCCCUUUAACCCUGUUGGGCCAGUGUGUGUUUCAGAAGGGCCUCUGCCAGCUGGCCAGGUUGAGGCCUGACUCGGCACAUCUUUUGCUCUCUACACCAUCAGCUGCAGUAUGUCCAUUCCUGAGAUGGAUACCCAAGUCCAGUCUGCCCUGUCCAUCUUCCUUCUCAGCACUGGUUCUGUAAUCCCAGCCUCCACCAGCAGACCAGGUGUCCACAGGCCUCCCACCCUGCCAUGCCCAGGUACUCUGCCGGCCCAACCAUUCUGCCCAGACACCUGUAUUGUCACCAGCACUCUCCAAACCGGCCGGUGCAGAAGGGCCCAGCCCAGCUCCGAAGUCCCCAGAACAAGCAUGUUCUUUGUGACCUGGGUCGGUUGGUGUGUGUUAAAGCUGCCUCCAGCCUCAGGAGCCGUGAGGCACAGGUAAGGCCUGGAAAAGAAGAGUUUGGGUCUCUGUAUCCUUGUGAACGUCUUGUCUGUUUUACAUACAGUGUAGUCCAUUUUAUAUGAUGUGCAAUAAAAACAAAAUGCUUUAUGAAAA